AGAAAUAAGCACAAAGGAGAUUCUGAUCAAGCGUCUAGUAGGGUCAGCUCUGAUCGCCGCGGGUCCAUCCCGCCUCCGCGUAUUCUAGUUGUUAUGGAAAUCAAACAGAGGCCUCGUUUCCAUGGAAACCUGAUGCCUAGUCGGAAGAGGGAAGGGAAUGCAAAGACUUCCAUAGUGCCCUAGACUGGAGUAAAAAGCCUUCCUUUCUCAGUCCCCUUCCUGGUAUCUGUGUGGUGGUGUGGGUAUAUCCAGAUUCACUUUUCCUGAGAUGUAUGUGGAGACACACACAAUGUAGCCCGUGGCAGAGGAUAUGGAGUGGCCUGGACAUUUCUCUCCAGACCUUGGGAUGUAAUAAUAACCAUCUAAAUUUGGGAAGGACAUAUACCUCGGAGCUAAAGGAAGGGAUAGAGAAAUUGUCUAUAUCCCGUUUUUUCAGUUUGAAUUGCUAAGAGACGAAGAGAGUCUGAGGUUGUUAGCUGACUGAAGAUAAAGCACUUCAGAGUGCAGGGACUUUCUCUGAGAAUUUGAUUCUGGAGUCCCCAAAUGGAGGGUGCGAUAGAUAUCCGUGCUCUGGAGAAAGAGUUGGAAGGAGCUAUUGCUGCUGACGAGAAGUACCUGAGAGAAAAUGAGGCCAAGUUCCGAGCAGUGCACCAGAAAGUGGCAUCUUACGAAGAAUUCAGAGAUAUUGUUUUAGCAUCGCACUUAAAGCCUCUAGAGAAAAAGGACAAGAUGGGGAAUAAAAGAAAUGUGUUGUGGAACUCCUGUGCAAUGAAAGCAAGCUGCAAACAAGAGAACAAGGUAGAGCUGUCUCAGAAAUUGGAACGGCUACCUGAGACCUCUGCAGAAUUCUACAGAGAUUGGCGAAGAUGCAUGAAAAACAGUCAAGAACGCUACCAGCUCCUGCUCCAACUUGGAUCCCAGAACCUGGGCAGGAUCUUCCAAACAGAUCUCGCUUUUGGUCUCCUAGGUGAAUUCCUAGCAGUGUUCACUGAAAAUGUCUGCAUCAAAGACCGGGACUAUGUCUUGGAGAUUUUGGAGAGCUUUUCAGACACCAAACGCUUUGGACUGAAUGUGGAACUCCUGGGGGAGCAAGAGAAGGAAAACUGUCAGCAGUUGUUUGAAAAAUUACAAAGGAUGGGGACUGACCCCAGCAGUCCUCCUGAGGAAGGUAUGCCUGUUGCCCAAAUCCAUUGCCAGGCAGAUGGACCAGAUGAAAGAAAAUUGAUAGAACUGAUGCAUCUUUACCAAGUCUCCUAAAACUGUCUACAGCAUUUGUCACCAGACAGGCCACACAGGAAAAUGAUGCACAAGAUAUGGAGGAUAGGAACGUCCACCAAGAAUAUCUUCUGUUGAUUCCCAUUAAGGUGAAUGGGAGAUCCUCUAGGGCAUACAUGAAUUCUUGUGCAUCUCCAGUUAAUCUCAGUACAGCUUGUGUAGAACAUAUAUUCAGUGAAUGGGCCCUUACUGCUUGCCUUUUAUCUCUAUGUAUCAGUGACUGGGUUUUUAGACGGGCUCUACCUUCUCCAACAAGGCAGA